UGUUCCCUUGAAAUGGAGUCGAAUGCGGCCCUUAAGUCCACAAAUGCUACAUACAGUCCGUUACCUCUACAAUUUCUGUAUUUUUCCGCAAGAAAACUUAGUAGCAAACUAUGGUCCAGAACGGAGCGCCCUACUCUAAAACCGGCCUGUUCGUCUCCAAAAAAGAUGGCCAGGGCUCAGCUUGGCUCUGGGAAGGUGGCUCUUUUCAGCCAGAAGAAACAUGGGGGCCUCACCUACCGCAUCCCAGCUCUGCUGUACCUGCCCUCUGAGUCCACUUUCCUGGCAUUUGCAGAGGAGCGCUCAUCGCCCAGAGACGAAGAUGCGAAGUUCCUGGUGAUGAGGCGAGGGCAGAAGGAAGGGACGUCUGUCCAGUGGGGUCCUCAGGAAACCCUAAUGAUGGCUACGCUGCCCGAGCAUCGCACCAUAAACCCUUGCCCCGUGUACGAGGAGAAGAGCGGCACCGUUUUCCUCUUCUUCAUCUGCGUGCUGGAUCACGUCACAGAAGAGCAACAGAUUGUGAUGGGGAGAAACGCCGUCAGGCUCUGCUAUGUCUCGAGCCAAGAUGGCGGCCGCAUGUGGAGCCGAACGGUGGACCUAACCAAGCGGAUGUUUGAAGAUGACCAGAGAAACUGGGCCACCUUUGCUGUAGGGCCGGGCCACGGUGUGCAGUUGACUUCAGGACGUUUGGUGAUUCCAGCGUAUGCCUACUACAUCCACAAGCGCUUGUUUGGACACCCGCUCUGCUGCUGGACAAAGCCUCAUUGCUUCAUUUUCUACAGCGAUGACCGAGGACUGAGCUGGGCCCGGGGCCAGCUCCUUCCCAGCUUGCGGACAACAGAGUGCCAAGUUGCUGAGGUCACCUGCCAGGGCGAUAGCAAUGUGUUAUACAUCAACGCCCGUAAUUCUGGUUGGGACCAGUGCCGGGUUGAGGCCUUCAGCAUGGACAGUGGAGGCCAAUUUCAGGGAGCCUUCCUUUGCAGGGGGCUGAGUGAGACACCGCAUGGAUGUCAGGGCAGUGUAGUGAGUUUUACCCCAUUGUCUGAGGUCUCAGAUGUGAACCAAGAGGAAGAUGAAGGUGAAUCAUCUCAUCUGUUGGGCGUUGAUCAUGCCCCAGCCUCCCUCAAAAGCACUAAAUCAUGGCUAAUUUUCCCCCAUCCCACAAGCAGGCACAAGCGCAUGGAUCUGGGCAUCUACCUGAACACCUCCCCACUAGAGAAGGGCUGCUGGAAAGCCCCCUGGGUGCUGAAUAAAGGGCCCAGCGGCUACUCAGACCUAGCUGUCUGUGAAGAGGGGAAAUCGUUGCUUGUUGGCUGUUUGUUUGAAUGUGGGGCCUUAAGUGAGUUAGAAGAGAUUGCCUUUCAGCUUUUCAGUGACGCUGAUCUUCUGAAGAAUCUACGGCAGGUGCGGGGGCCCUGUGGUCCUUCGGGACUCUGACUCCCAUCUGCCCCAGCCAUCAUGGCCAGUGGUCAGGAAUGCUGGGAGUUGUAGUUCAGCAACAUCUGAGAGGACACAGUCACCCCUGAUCUACGGGAAGGAUGCUCAUGUCCUUGGAAGCCUUUUGAAUGGUGUUCUGCUGCUACCUCGGGUUCACCUCUAGAAAACAAACAGCAGAAGAAGCCUUCUACCAGGUCGCGUGAUUUGUCCAUUUAGGCCAGUAUUGUUUACCCUGAACUGCAGCAGCUCUCUAGGGUCUCUGGUAGAGUCUUUCCCCAUACAAACAUGCCUCUGUCCAUUCCAACAUUGGUUUGCCCUUACAGCUGUGGUUUUCUGUUCUGCUGCCAUUGGUUUAUUUUGCACAUGUCUUUCUUCUGUCAU